GAGUAGCCUACACAGGACGUAGUUUAAACUCUUGGACGGUGGUGGACUUGGACAUUUUUUGCAGAAAAGCAACUGAAAGUAACCCUGCAGUGCAGACAAAGAAGACCCAGCGAGCUGCCUGCAGAGACGCAUACACUUCCCAACAUCUGGUCUGCUGGAGGACGGGGCGAGCCGGAGAGACACACUUUUGGAGGCGGAGAGAAAACUAUCUUUGCUGGAAUAUGCAUUGAAUUGGGGAGUUUUUGGGCUACCUACAUGAGCCGAAAAGAGAGCCGGUGGUCGUGUGAGGUGACAAGAGUGGAGGCAACGAGUACGGCAAAGGUCGCGGAGGGCGAGAAGUCCACCUGGUCGGACAGAGGAUGAAUUAGCCGAAAGUUUUGCUGCACCGCGUCCCAGCCAGAGAGAAGGCUCACUCCUUGGCCCCUCCACCUCCUCCCAUAAGAGCCAGGCCUACGCCCAUGGAUGAGGAGAGGAAGGCCCCUGCCAUCCCCCCAGAGCCACCAGAUGAGGGGGACCCCACUCCAGUUUCACAACCCAGUUCAAACGAGACCACGACAUCAGAGAUAGCAAACUCCCCGAACCCAAAGCCCUGUCCUCGCCCAGAUGAGGCCCACACCUAUACUGAGCCCCUCAUAUUGAGGUUAAAUGGCACCCCAGAAAGGUUGCGAGGGGAUGAUGAAGACAAGUGGAGCAGCCGCCUCUCACACACGGAGCUCACAACACCCAGCAAGAGCAUUACAUCUCAACCAGCAGCCAGAUCUACGCCCGCCCGCCACACCCAGCCAUGUCGGACACAGCCCAGCGGCCAACAACGCAACGGAGCCAAGCACCACGCACACAGACACUCCCCUCACACGCACUGUCCGCAUCACACGCCUCGCACACACACACUCCAAUCCAACGGGGUCAAGAACGGGGGCCUUCAUCAGCAUCCUAAGCUGGGCUCCCUCCCGAGAGGGGAAUCCUCCACCUCCUCGUCCUCUUCGGCGGGACCUAAACACACCAAGAAAUUGCGGUCCAACCCUUCCAUCACAUCCCAGAGCAGCAAGAGGAGCAAGAGCAGCUCCAAGAGCAACAGCUCUCAGGUUCCCGCAGAGUCACAGGACUGCUGUGUUCACUGUAUUCUGGCCUGCCUCUUUUGUGAAUUCCUAACUCUGUGUAACAUCGUGCUGGACUGUGCCACAUGCGGCUCCUGUGCGGGGGACGACUCGUGUUUCUGCUGCUGCUGUGCGUCAGAGGAGUGUGGCGACUGUGAACUGCCAUGUGACAUGGACUGUGGCAUCAUCGACGCCUGCUGCGAGUCUGCAGACUGCCUGGAGAUCUGCAUGGAGUGCUGCAGCCUUUGCUUUUCCUCCUGAGGGCCCCAGCUGCCACCACGGGGGGCAAAGUAGAUGCUACAAACUGCCACAGCCCAGGAGCAACUUCAACCAGUGUCUCACCAGAGCUGGGAAGCGCUAAACAUCCUUGUUGCCUGCGCUCUGUGGUUAACACUCUAUUGAAGGGCCUAGUUGGCUCUUGAAUUAGGUUUCGUACAAGGUUUGUCAAGCAAUAACAUGCUGAGAGCAGUCAAUGGUGAUUUCUCCUCUCUUUUAUUGAUCAAACCAUGGGACAGUAGCUUCCCGCCUUUGCCUUUGCUGCGGCCCCUUGCUACACAACUGGAUGUAUGAUGUAGAGGGAGUUCCAGCUCUGGUCUGGGACUGUCUGCCUGACUGUGCAGACCGGGCCUCCGGACCCUCGCAGAACAAGCUAUUAUCACAAUGGAGCCCCUUGUGCCGUCUGAAUCAGUGGAGUUCUCCAAGCAUGAAAAAUGACCUCCAAAGGCAAAUGAGAAAAUGGCUCCAUUUAACCGGAUUUUAGUGUUUCUGUAGAUAAGAGCAGCAGCAUAAUGGGAAAAUGGACGCUCAGAUCUCAAUAGAAACAUAGUCUGUCCUCCUGUCCUUGGCAAGGUCAAAGUCUUCCACUUUGAUUGCGUAUAGUGGCCUUUGUGACACACACUCACAGACACACACACACACACACUUAGUGGUGGAUCCACCGCUGUCUUUGUUCUUAUUGCAAUGUACAAAAAUAUAAAACGUUAAUGGUGGCUUGUGGCAAUACUACAGACGAAUUUCUUUUGUUAAUAUUCAUCUCACAGUCUUAUUCAGAGAAGAAUCAUGAGUGUCGUGCAUCAGUCGGAAGAUGGGUCCAAUUAAAUGAGUACUGUAAGUGACUUUUGAGUGAACGGCUGAUUGCAUUCGUCAUGGACACAUUCUCUACUCUAACAUGUGAAGGGAGAGAGUUCUUAAUCAAAGGUCUCUCCUCAUUUAAUGUUUCACAUCUUGUUUACUUUUACAUUGUUUAUUUUGAGGGGCUUCGGCUGGAUUCAGUGGAUUCCUCCUCAUCAAAAAAAGUCUCGGCUGGAAGAGGAUUGGAUCGCAUCAUCUCUUUUUCAACAUGUUUCAUUUUUCUUUGUCAUUGUGUUAUGUGAACAAAUGGCCUUGGCUUAACUUAGCUUAAGGCCUGAAUUUUCUAGUAGAUUCCUCGCCUUUACCAAAUAUCUAUUAAUCCUUGUUUUGUAGAUUUUAGUUAAGAUAUUUGCAUUUCUCCUCUAAUGUGAAAAUCACAUUUCUGUGUUAUCGGGUUUUGCCGGGCUCUCUAUAAAGCAGACAUUGCUCAACAUCUAAUUUAAUUCCUUGAGUGAAAAUCUCACGACAUUAUGCUAAGUUAGAUCCAUAUGCUCGCUGUGUGAAUGGUACGCUUUUGAUAACAAGCCCGCACUCUCAUAUGCUCAGAUGCAUACCUUCUCCGACUCAAUACCUCUUGAGAUGUCGCCCGUAUCUGUUGUGCAUUUUAAAAUGACUUGAUACAAAUCUCUCUCCUCUCUUAUCAAAUCCUUUUUUCUUGGAAAUACCAAAGAGUUUUCCUCUGACUGGACUAGUUUUUAGACACAAGGGCUGAAAUAUAACACUGUUGAUUAAGAGUAUACACUAAAGCUGCCAAUCAACCUGAUAACACAGAAGCAGAAAGUCAAGUUUUUGGAAAUCAACAAAUGCAACUUGAAAAUAUAUUAAGACCUUUAAUUUCUGUUUAUAAAGGAAAGGAUGUGUUUUAAAUGUUGACAUGUUUCAAAAUCCUGCAGUGCCCUGGAAAACAAUGCAAUUUAAAUAACAGCACAAAGAGAUGUAUGAAGGGAGAACUGGAUUAUAUAAUGUUGUGUAUAGAAGUUAUUACAAUUUCAUUUGUUUGGAUUAACAACAUAUUCCCAGUGCAGAUUGUGAAGAUGUUGCUUCAUCCAACGACCUGUUCUCUGUCACCAGACCAACCAUGUCACAAAAAGAAAUAUGGAUGGACUUUAAUGGAGAUCUAUGGGGAUGCAAAGCUAAUCCAUGAGUUUAAAAGCUAAAUAAAAAUACUGGUUUGUUAAUAGCAGAAGUCAAUAAUUAAAAAUGAUACAGAUAAGUCUACAAAUGUAAAUCAGAUUAAACUAGUUAAUGAUAGCAUUACUGGCCUCCACUGAAGACAAUGGCCUGGCUACCCUGCCUUUUAGCCGGCAGUGUUAAACUAAACUGUUCAUCUUGCCUUCAUGCAAACUAUGAGUAUUACUAACUGGAAUAUUAAUAAAUAUUAACAUAUGUUUGCUACCCACUGAUUCUACAGCACAAACAAUAGGUCUACUUUAGGCUUGAUCAUUUUUAGACAGAUUCAUAAUCUGUCUAAUUAUGAUUCUUUGUUCCUUUACAAAGAAUCAUGAUCAUUAUUACCAGAGAUGUGACUCAUCCAUUGGGAGGGGGCAGCCUUGAACCCAAUCCAGUUGGCAUGUUGUUUCCUAUUGCCUGUUUAUGACUGUGCAUAAAAACAACCUCACGCACUCUAGCUCAAGUUUCAAGAUUCUUACACAGCUCCAGCUUCUCACUGACUCCAAACAGUGCAAAAGGUCAUUCUUUUAAAACCAAAGUAAAUCCAGAUUGCAUAAAUGGGAAGCUCCAUGACAUUCUUUUUUCAUUUAUUAUGUUAAAUUGAUUUUAUUUGCUUAAAUUCCUGUUUGCAGCAGAGAUGGAAUUGGAUAAAGGUCAACAGAAACCUACCUGUGACAGAAAGAACAGAUUUGCAACUCUCAUUUUGGCUGUAGAUCUUAUAAACAAGUCGAACCCUCCUGUGAAGUUCCUGCUUUUCCUAAAUUAGCUUAGCCUGGGUUUUUAAAGAGCUCCUCUUGGAGUAUGUCAACACUUUGUUGUGCAGUGCAUCAUAAAUCGUGUGAAACAAUAUUUUACUAAACGUCUGGGUUGAAAAACAGUGAACACAUCAUUUAAGUUUUAUUUAAUGAUGUUUGAAUACGAUUUUAUGACUUGAUCAUUAAAUACUUUUUAAGUCCAUCCUGAAAAGUGCCUCAGUAAUUGGUUGCGAAUGGUGGCAGUCUGAUGGAUUGAAAACACUGACUGGUUGGUCUGGAGAUGGAGAAUAUGUCUGGAUGAAGAGAGAUGAACAACUGUCUUACAUUUCGGUCACACUCUGGAUUGUAAAAAUUGCUUGGGGAUAUGGAUUUAAUGUUUUAACUGUACUAGACAGAUUCAAAUAUCCCGCUCAGUCAUUACAGUAAUACUUGAAGAAAACAAGUUGACUUUCAAUGGUGUCCAUAAUCAGUAUUAUCAGUAUUUUUGUUGGAAUUACCUAACUACAAAAAUGUUGAAUUGUUGACUUGCCAAGAUUCAUUAUCUUUUCAUAAGAUGUAAUUUGGAUAUUGGUUUGAAAAGACUGGCCUCCUCUGGCAGUCCUCUCAAAGUUAUAUUAGCCUAGAUUAGUUGUUACUCGACCAUAGUCCACUAUAAUGUCAUUUUGUUUACACUACACCCAUUUUAUGUCAAUUUGAAUUGCUGUCCUGGAAGUCACGUUAAAAUCUCUUAGUUUAAGACUGAAUAAACAAUGUGAACUCCAGGC